AUGGCACGCAUCAGGGAGCCUCCCGUGCGGAAAGCUCCAGCCCUUUUAAGGGCUGCUUCGCGUCAGACGGGACAACUAGCUUUUCCUGACUCAGGCUGCAAACAGCAGCUAGAAGCAUCUCUCCCGCCGGCGGCUCAGACGUCUCCGCAGGCAAUGCCAAGCAGCAGCAGAGACUCUGCUUCCCUGCGCCUGGAGACGGAGCAAAGAGCAGCUCAGGUUUUAUCAGGAGGCGUUUUGGGGCUAACUCCCACAGUUACCCUUAACCACACCGAAGGCUUUUUAAAGGCACAGCUAAGCAGAGCGAAGCCUGGACUGAGCUCUUCGCCAGGGUCACCGAGAUGCCAUGACGCUGAAUUUCCCUUGCACCCGCCGCACCGCCUGCUUCCCAGCCAAAUCGAAGAACGAGGCGAACAGACCAACCAACAGGUUCUGGAGAUGCAGCUGUCGGGGCUAGCUGACGGGCCCGUCAGUGAUGGGGCUGAGCUGCGCAGCAGUCAGUACCCGCAGACACCUCUGCCUGCGCCUCUGCUGCUGGCACGGCCUGGCUGCAUCCCAGCAGCCGCCUCGGGACACAGUCGUGCAGACUGCCAGAUCCAGCCAGGCUGUGCAAGUAAUCGCCUCCUGUCUCAGCCCUGCUUCAUGCAGUGGUCAGGUCUAAGUGGGUUAUAG